AUGAUACCAACGCCAACACCCUCCCGUAGGAGACAGAGGCAAGCAUGCCAGGAGUGCCGACGACGUAAGCUACGAUGUGACGGCAGGCAGCCGCGGUGUUCCAGCUGCGAGAAUAUCGACACACAAUGCGACGUCGACCCAAACCGUAAGCCGCGGGGACCUAAAAAGGGCUAUCUCAUAGCUUUGCAAAACAAGAUUGAAACUCUCGAAGACCGUCUUCGCCAACAGGAACAGCACCAUCUCAAGUGGCCGGAUAAUAUAGAGUAUGGCGACGAGAUACUCGACACAAUCACAUCACAUACAACUGCGACUCUUGCCGGCCUAGAAGAUGCCAGGCUACCUACAGAUGCGGAUCUUCUUACAAUGAGGUCAACUCCUCUGGUAUCGGAGUCAGACACCUCUCUCAGUUCCUACUUUGAUGUCAAUAUGGUGUCCACGACGAUGGCCCUUUUGCAGGAUCAUACACCCACAACAUCUCUAUCGGAAUACAGUAGUAACAGUCUACAUAUUACCGAUCUCAUGCAAACUGAGCUAGACAGUGACCAAUUAUACUUCGACAGAAUACACGCCGCCGUUCCCAUAUUGCAUCAACCCUCGCUCAUGUCACCACAGUUUCAACACUUGCAAGACAAACUAUACUUGGAAGUAAAGCGGCUUCUUGCUACUACAACCCUCGUACAAAUCCCUGGUGGGCAGGGUUCUGUAGGUGAUGUCGAACUUGUGCAAGCAUGGGUCCUGAGGACCACCUAUGAGUUUAUCAAGAUGAAUCGCUAUGAAACGAGCCUCAGUGCGGCUUACACGUUUCGACUAGCCCAGCUAAUUGGGUUGCAUAAAGUUGACGUUCUAAAUAAUCUCCCUUCUAAUUGCGAAAUUGAUUUCAUAACAACGGAAGAAAAGCGUCGUGCGUUUUGGAUGGCUUUUAUCCUUGAAAUUCUCUCCAGCAUACACAGCAACCUACCUCUGGUAGUGAAUGAGCAUAUGAGAAAUCAGAUUUGUACACGUCUUCCCGUACCGGAUCAUGAGUUUCAGAAUGGCCAGCCAGUCUGCAUCGACUUCUUGCACGAUUUACUCUCCAAACGGAGCCAGACAGUCAAGUCGCCACUCAAUGAAUGCAUCAUGCUUGCGGCACUGUGUGCGCGGAUAUCAUUUCACGCACAGCAACAUAAUAAGUACCUUUUACACAACCAGGCAGACUAUGACUCUCUCGAAUGGCGAAAACCGUUAGACAAUGCCCUGGCACUGCGGCUGCAGACCUUGGAGGAGGACUAUCCUAGUCAAAAGCACUCUUCGGACCCGGCGCUGCUAUUUGCCAAUUUCCUGGCUCAAGCGUCAAUACUCUAUCUCUGGGGCAAUGCUCAGUCUUUAGAGUGGCAAAAUGGAAGUCCCAGUCGUUCAAACUCACUGAACACCGAAUUCCAGCAACUGGCGUUUGGUGCGGCGCAGCGUAUCGUAGAGCUUGCUCGUUCUCUCUUAGACUUUCCCUUAUCCAAGAUCCACCCAUUUACACCGAUUCCACUAUGCCUUGGCGUCAAAUUCUUAUCUGCGAACAGCUUGAAUUCCAUUGCUGCACCUCUGCAACAGGAGUUACUGGACGUGAUACGUCGAUUAAGCAGUGCUAGUAACGUGCAGCAAAGUUACAUAGAUAUUUCAGAUAUAUACCAAGACCCAGUUUGA